UCCGGCUAAUGCAUCAUUAUAACCUCUUUUACGCAUGAAUACGCGUUUAAUCAGGGUUCAAUCGAGCCAGAGCAGACUUAGAAGAAGCUGCUGUUACUCCUCUGUAUGUAACUCUUUAUAUCUGAGUGAUUUCUGGAUGAAAUUGUGGUUGUGUUUACACACGCAGCGCGUUUGCGGAAAUGUGUACUUGUGCGUUCAGGGUUUGGUUCCAACAGCGUUACUGAAAACGCGUAAAUGAGCAGAAAUGCCGAGCAAAGAGCCGCUCAUCGAGACCCUGAAAGUGUGUAUUGUGAAUCUGCAAACCGAUGGUCCAGUGACUGACUCGAGUCCUCACCUGACAUCAUGCUGUGAGCUACUGGAGCUCAUACUGCGCAAAGGACUGCAACAGCCAGUACUGAGUUUGAAACACAGAGACUACUGGUGUUGUUUUGAGCAGUUACUGCACCACGAUACAUGUGGCAGCCUGGGUGCGAUCUCUUUAGCAGUACAGAGGACCACACCGUGCCCCAAACUUCUCAGCGAUCAGGGGCGAGGACGCUACUUCAUGAGACUAAUGCUGACCAGGAGAACUCUGGGAAAUGUAGUCAAGCACAUGCUGCAUACAGACAGAAUCAUGGAGUGGUACAGUCCUGACAUUUCUGUACUGAGGAAUGAGGAAUUAAUGGAGCCGUUUGUCUCUCUCUGUAUGGUUCUGUCUGAUAUGGAAUUCAAGCUGAACAUAGAGAACUGCAGCUUUCUGGAUGAGAGUUGGCUGCUUCCGGUGUGCGACACCUAUGAGGUCGUGCCGUGUCGAGAGUUGGGGAUCGUCCUCAGGUAUCUGGACAGGCGGGUGUUCGUGGUGGAGCUGCUCCCAGGUGGACAGGCUCAGGCGGACAUGUUUGCGGAGCCCGGUGAUAUCAUCGAUGAAAUUAAUGGCGUAUCGCUGAGGAAUUCCAGCAAUGGGCAGGCAAGUGUGGUGUUGUCCAGGCUGAAAGGUCGGCCUCUGUUCCUACGCCUGCUGCGCUGGAGAGCCGAGGACGGAGCUGCGUAUCGGCCCCUAUUGCCACUGUUACGCCGGCUCAAACAGGAAAAUCCCUCACUGGAGUUCGGCUCAACACGGCCAAAACCCUCAGGGCAAAACCACAGCCAGUGCCUCAAAGAAGGGCGGCUCCUGUACGGCGUUCAGCUGAUAGGAAGAACAAACAUAGGACUGUACGGAGGAAAGGAUGCUCUGCAGUAUGCCAUCCCCGUCGUACUGCAACAGAGUCAGAGCAGGAAGGAGGUGCUGUUGGAUGUGAAGGAGACUCACCUGACCUGCAUGGAUAAAUCCAGUAAACAGCAGCUUUUCCAGCACCACUUUCCCGAGAUCUCGUGCGUGGGGAGGUUCGGCCAGCCGGAUUACACCGUCUUUGCUUUCUGUGUGGUAGACACUGCAGUCAUGGGUUUCUGCUGUGUGGUUCUACAGGCAGCAUCCAGCGGCGAGUGUGAGGAGAUCGUCCACCGGAUAGCCGCUGGAUUUAAAAACACUGAAUGGUUCGUUUGAGGACGUAAAACUCUAUGUGUUGACCAAGUGUUGACUUAUACUGUACAGUGAAACUUGUAUAGUGUGUGAACCAUUUUAGCCAUGUGAUCUGUUUGAAUUUUAUAAAAAGUGUAACAGUAGUAAAAUAACGUUUGGUUAUUUAAUGCUUUUGUCUUUUUAGGAGCUAUAAAAAGUAGCACAGUAAUGAUGAUUUUUUAAGCGUCACAUUAACAUUACAUUACAUUAAGUAUUUAUUUUACUUAAUUGCCGAUCAAUACUUUAAUAUCUUCCAAAACCACAAGCGUUCAUAUUCAAGUUAAUAUGUUAAUACUUGUUCUGGCAAGACUUUUAUUUACUUCCACUCAUUCAGAAGCAUUAAUAUGGUCAAGGAGCGGAGUCUGUACAGACAGACAUGGUCUUUACUUUCUGAUGAAACUGGAGAAAGGUACUGUUUUAAUUGUUGUGGCGAAAAAGUAAUACUAAAGUAUUGAUCCGAUUCCAAUACCAACGUUGUUAUCGAUAAUAUUGAUAUUUGGAUCGAUCUGCCCACCCACACUACCCACCUCCUUUCACAAACAUGCUCCAAAUUUCCACUUGAUUUAAAUGAAUGUGACUGUGUUGCCUCUUGGAUUUUUUAAAAUAAUGCUGUUACUGACUACUGUAUAAUUGUCUAAAAGCAUUAAUGUAAAAUCACAGCAAUUCCUACAGUUCCAGCGUUCCAUACAAAUGUAUUUUAUUUUUUCUAUUCUAAUAUUGAGCAGGUUAACAAAUAAAUAAA